AUGUCAUCAGUCGAUAACGAUAUCCCGGGAAUUUUAUCUACAUUACGCUCUGAAGCUGAUCCAAAUUUGGCUCCAUUGUUUUACAGUUUUGAAGACUUGUACCAACGUAAAUUAUGGCAUCAAUUGACUGGAGCUCUUGAUGAGUUUUAUAAAAACCCAGCCUCAAAACCUGUUAAAUUAAGAUUAUAUUCCAAUUUCAUUACAAGCUUCAAAUAUAAGAUAAAUCAAUUGAAAUUGGUUCAAUUUCUUUUAUUAUCAAUUUCAGAAAUCGAAGAUGCUAAUGAAGCUUUAGAAUAUUUACAAGAUUUACAAAAAGAUUUAGAAAAAGAGGAACACAUUGAUAAAGAGCAAGCAUUGAUCUUCAUAAAGAUAGAGAUUGCUAGAUUGAACUUGAGAUUGGGUAAAGAAAUUGAAGCUAGAGAAUUUUUAGAUGAUAUAACCACUGAAUUGGAUAAACAUGAUUCAGUUGACCUUAAGAUCAGUCAAUCCUAUUUCUCAACAAACUCUGAAUACUAUAAAGUCAAAUCAGAUUACAACAACUUUUACUAUCAAAGUUUAUUAUUCUUAUCCACCAUCCAAUUGGAAGAUUUAACUGUUAUUGAUCAACAAAGACUUGCUUAUGAAUUAAGUAUCAGUGCCUUAUUAGCUGACAAGAUAUAUAAUUUUGGUGAAUUAUUAACUCAUCCUAUCUUGAAGACUUUGGAAAAAGGUCCAUAUCAAUGGUUAAUUGACUUAUUGUUUGCAUUGAAUAGUGGUAACAUCACUCAAUUCUCAAAACUAUUAUCAAAUCUAGAAAAAGUUCCAUUGUUGAAAAAUUCUGAACCAUUUUUAAGACAAAAAAUAUGUUUAAUGACAUUAGUUGAAUUGGUUUUCAGCAAAUCAAUUAGAACAAUCACAUUUGAAGAAGUUUCAAAAGCAACAUUUUUAAGCAUUGAUGAAGUUGAACAUUUAGUUAUGAGAGCAUUAAGUCUUGGUUUGUUGAAAGGUUCAAUUGAUCAAAUCAAUCAAACAAUCUCUAUAAGCUGGGUCCAACCAAGAAUCAUCAAUCAAGAACAAAUUGAUAAUAUGAAACAGAGAUUAGUUGCAUGGGAUCAAAAUGCUGUCAAAUUAGGAAAAUUCAUGGAAGCCAAUGGUAAAGAAAUUUGGAUUCAAUAG